CUUUUCUUCGAUUCAUUUUUGAUUGCUGGGUCAAAUCGCCAAAAUGUCGACCACUAUUGAAAAGAUCAAGGAGGUCGAGUCCGAAAUGGCUCGGACUCAAAAGAACAAGAACACCUCUUAUCAUUUGGGACAACUGAAGGCGAAGCUUGCUAAGCUCAAGCGUGAACUUCUGACCCCGACUGGAGGUGGUGGCGGUGGUGGAUCUGGCUUCGAUGUGGCGCGUACUGGUGUGGCCAGUGUUGGCUUCAUUGGUUUCCCGUCCGUUGGCAAGAGUACACUGAUGAAUAAACUGACUGGUCAACAUUCAGAAGCCGCGGCCUACGAGUUCACAACCCUCACAACUGUCCCCGGUCAAGUGAUGUACAAUGGCGCCAAGAUUCAGAUGCUCGAUCUUCCAGGUAUUAUUGAAGGUGCCAAAGACGGCAAGGGUCGUGGUCGACAGGUUAUUGCGGUGGCCAAGACUUGCAAUCUCAUUUUCAUCGUCCUUGACGUGAACAAGCCAUUGGUUGACAAGCGAGUUAUCGAGAAUGAAUUGGAGGGCUUUGGCAUUCGCAUCAAUAAGAAGCCUCCCAACAUUGUCUUCAAGAAGAAGGACAAGGGUGGUAUUGCCAUCACGAGCACUCAGCCAUUGACUCAUAUUGACAACGACGAAAUCAAAGCUGUGAUGAGCGAGUAUAAGAUUUCGUCCGCUGAUAUCUCCAUCCGAUGUGAUGCCACCAUUGACGACCUGAUUGAUGUCUUGGAAGCCAAGAGCCGCAGCUACAUCCCUGUCAUUUAUGCGCUGAACAAGAUCGACGCUAUUUCCAUCCAAGAGUUGGAUUUGCUGUACCGGAUUCCAGACGCCUGCCCAAUUAGCUCGGAGCAUGGAUGGAAUAUCGACGAGCUGAUGGAGAUGAUGUGGGAGAAGCUCAAGCUGCGCAGAAUCUACACGAAGCCUAAGGGCAGAGCGCCUGACUAUUCAGCACCUGUUGUGCUGCGUUCUUAUGCAUGCACAGUCGAGAAUUUCUGUGACGCUAUUCACCGCACAAUCAAGGACGAUUUCAAGCACGCUAUCGUGUAUGGUCGCUCAGUGAAGCAUCAGCCGCAGCGAGUGGGUCUUUCGCACGAGCUUGGCGAUGAAGAUAUCGUGUCGAUCGUCAAGCGGUAAAGGAUUUAUGCCAACUCCUUGACACUCAUAGCCCGAAGCGGCGAGAUGAUCCAAGCGCUGGGGUGGUCUGUGCCAGCAUGUCUUUACGCCUCCGCGAUAUGACAGG